GUUCAUAUUUUUAUUAAACACUUUUAAGACUGAAUACUAGAGGUAAAUUUUUCUGAAAGCAAAUUCAAAUGGAUUUCUUGCAUUACGUUCAGGGAAUAGUCAUACUAGACAGAACAGGUAAGCACAUUUUCGCAAAGUAUUACACAAAAGGAGAUGUGUGUGAGUUCUCAAAGAAGCUUUAUGCAAUCGAGAAACAGAAACAGCUAGAAUGUGCUGCUUAUCAAUCGAUUAAAGAUAGUAGAUGCAAUUUGAGUAUUUCGGGUGAUGGAAACAUUGUGAUCAUAGAUCAGCAUACCAUCUUAUAUUAUCAGGGUGAUGACGUGACAUUCAUGGUGAUUGGCCACAAAGAGGAAAAUGAAUUGGUACUGAAUACUGUGCUAAAAACGCUUGUAGAUGCCCUCAAAAAAGUGCUUAACGCACCGCAACUUUACACUCGACUGCUUCUGGAAAAUUACAAUGCAAUUAUAUUGACUGUAGAUGAGAUGAUUGAUGGAGGAAUCAUUUUGGAAACUGACCCCACAAGUAUCGCGUCUGAGGUGGAAUUGCACACUCGAAAGACUGGAAGCGAUGUGGCUUAUAAAGCAAUCAGUACGGUCAACCGCUACCUCCGCGAAACUAUAUAAACUAGUACGGGUGAAGUAUUGGUAAACUGGUGUUUAUUAAAACUAUGAUUUAGUGAGAGGAAUUCCAAAAGGUAAACAAGUGUGAGGUGUUCUAAAUUGUUAGAUUUUACUAAAAUAUAGCGUGGCGAUGUGCAGUGUUUAUAAUUGCUUAUUUUCCUCUUCCAUCUUCCAAAUACUUCACUGAAUUUUUAUAUGAUGCAUCUAUUU